AACUUGUAAAUGUCACGUUUGGAAAUGUCUCAAAUGUCAGAGGCACAGUUUGUUUAUGAAAUGAAAAUGCGAAGUAAAGAAGAUAAGUGAUUUUUUGAAAUAUUGUGUUAUACUUAUAAAUUCAUAAAGUCUUAAUAUGUAUUCGAAAUAAGCUUUAAUAUGUACAAUGCUACAGUUUCUAAAAAAAGCAAACAAGAGUGGUCAACAAAAAUACUCAUCUAACAAUCCGCCUCAUGGUAGUAAAGAAAAGGAUCAUCCUAUAAUUCCUCACGAAAAUGUGUCGGAUUCAUUCAAAGCGAAUUGUGGAAAAACCACUCCAUUACCAUUAUCAUCAUUUGAUGAUGAGGGACUGUUUGAUAUUGGCGAAUUGGAAGCUACAAAAGACCAAUCAAGACUAACAAGAACACUGCAAGAAACAAUAUCGGACAAAAAUGCGCUGGCUUAUUUCACCCACUACAUGGAAUCCAGAGGUGCUUGCGACUACAUCCAUUGUUGGUCAGAGAUACAAACCUUCAAAUCUUUCCUAAAAGACAACCAAAAUCUUCAAACCAUGAAAAAUUUCCCCCAUUCUCCCGUGCCACAUAGUAAUUUCGAUCAUGACAGUUUAUCAGUUAGUACUGAUUGUGAUUCCUAUACAGCCGAUUCAAAUAGUCUGUAUGACUAUUCGGCAACAACGUUAUCAGAGGGUAAAACACCCCAGGAUAACACAUGUGAUAAAGAAAGUGAUGAAUCUAAUUUUAGUGAAAAGAGAAGUGUACAAAGUAUAGUAGAUAAAGCCUUACUAUUAUUUAAAAAAUAUAUAGCACAAGAGGCGCUGUGUAAUAUUAAAUGUACAGAGGAAAUGAGGAAAGAAAUUAUGGAGAAUAUUUGCAAUACUGAUAAAGUUUUAUCCAUUAAUUGUUUUGAUACCGUAGAGAAUUAUGUUUAUAAUAUCAUGCAAGAUGAGUAUUUCGCAUCAUUUUUAGCUUCUGAUUAUUUCUGUAAAUAUCAGAUCGAUCUGCUUACAGGCGGUAAUAUUUCUCUUGAUGAUAUUCUGUACAAUGAGACUGCUUUGUUUUAUUUCAUGGAGUACUUGGAACAAGAAAAUCAGCGUAGUUUGCUAGAGUUUUGGAUAGCCGCUUCGAAUUUUCAGCAACAAUUACACGACCAAAAGGACUUUUUUGAUCACGUCGAAGCUCAAACUGAUGCUGUAGUGUUAUAUGAUAAAUAUUUUUCUCUUCAAGCUACGUGUCCCUUAGGUUUCAGUGAUAAAGUUAGGUUUGCAGUAGAACAAAGCAUUUGCGGCGAGAAUGGCCUGAUGCCAGAUUGUUUUCAUCUUCCAUUAAAGAUCGUCGAAACAGUUCUGGAAAAGAACUACCUAAAACCUUUUUUAACUUCCCAGUUGUUUUAUAAGUAUUUGUCAGAUCUGAUAAACACGGUACAAGUGAAUGACUUUGCGAACUUUGAGCGAUAUCCAAACGCAGCUUCUGACUGUAGUAGCGAGAGGAGCUUUAGUCAGAGCACUUUCUUAGCAUUUGAAAUCCCUCCCAGUGCAAUCAAAAGAAGAGAUAAGAGUGCAGAUAUGACCAUCGACACCAGGGAAUUGUAUGAUCCUGACUCUCUCUGGAAGAGAAAGAAGUGUUACAGGCUGUCAUUGGGGCGAGUUAGUGAAAUAGGCAAGUACGAAGCUGAUUUUGAACCUGAACCUGAUAGGAAGCAGUUUAGGUUCAAAAGUAUAUUCAAGAAAGUAGUUAAUAACGACGAAGAGGAUAGGAAGAGAGAAGAAAUGGCUUGGCAAGUAGCUGAAAUGAUAGUUAAGGAUAUAACUAAUGUUACGUUAGGGCAAUCAGACAAAUGACUUUUGUAAAUCGAUUUUUUAGAGCAAAACAUUGUGUUGCGAUUUUUCUACAAGGGUUAACCAGCUAUAGAAUUUUUUAUACUUUAUUUUUCUGAAAUUUGAUUGCAAAACGUGUAAUACAGUGGAAAUACUACGAUUAGAUGGAAUAAAAACGUCCUAUGUCGUUUUA